UAUGCUGUUGAGAUUCUCACAUCAGGUCCACCGCUCUGCAGUUCAGUGUUCACGGUUUGACAGAUUUUUAACACAGAUUCUAUGUGUGAGCGAGUUAAAAGUUCUGUACCCUCCUGGGAGACGAGAACAACACACGAGUAUGUGCAAGAGUAAAGGAUGUGGUCGGCUCUGCGAUGAGGAAGAACGUGAGGGGGAAGGAGCGUGCUGAACUCUCAAAACCCUGCAAACGCUGCUCGAUGAGUCGCUGAAUGGUGACUGUUUCGGUGCAGGUUUUUAAAAUUUUCUCCUGGAGAAAGUGUGAUAUUUCUGCGACGAUGCACUGAAGACAAUGGACACGGAGGAGACUGAAACGAGGACCUCGUGGUCUGCGGUGCAAGAAGAGACUCAUUGUAUCUGUGACCAUGCUGGGAAAAAGAGAAAGCAAGACUCAGGUCUUGCUCCUGUGAUCAGGAUUCUGGAGGAUGAUGAGGAAGAGGAAGGGUGUGAGAUGAUGUCGGAUCACACGCAGGAUGCAGAGGAGCCAAGUAACAAAAGGGUUAAACCUGUGGUGAAGUCCAACAGCCUGACAGGCAUCAUCACUCCGGUGAAGACGCCUGCCCUGAAACGCAUCGGACAGUCCAUUUCGCGGUCCAUUAGCUUUCGUACUGAGGCACGACCUUUGCCCCCGGCUCUACGUGCUCGCACAAAGGCCUCGUCGUUUCCACGAAGGCGCAACAGCCAGUGCUGGAGUGACACGGUGGAAAGUCACGACCUCACGGCAAAGGAGAUCAAACGCCAAGAGGUGAUUUAUGAGCUGACUCAAGGAGAGAAACAACUCAUUGAUGACCUGAGUUUGGUCAAAAAGGUGUACUAUGAGCCCAUGCUUAAACUGGACAUCAUGACUGAGAGUGAGCUUGGACAAAUCUUUGGUACUCUGGAUUCUCUCAUUCCCCUCCAUCAAGAUCUUCUGACUCGUCUCGAGCGGCUGCGGGGACAAGAGAACACUGUGGGGGAGGUCGGCCCCACUCUGUUGAAUUGGUUCCCUUGCUUGGAGGCCUACAUUACAUACUGCUGUAACCAGGUUGGGGCCAAAGCGCUUCUAGACCAAAAAAAGCAUGGAAAAAGAGUGGAACACUUCCUGCGCCUCUGUCAGGAAUCGUCCUUUAGUAGGAAACUUGACCUCUGGAACUUCCUGGAUCUCCCCAGAUCCCGUCUCGUCAAAUACCCCCUGUUGCUGAAAGAAAUUCAGAAGUGCACUCCUGCCGAUCACCCCGAUGAGGACACGCUGCCUGAUGCUCUGGAGCUGAUCCAGAGCAUCGUGGCAGAGGUGAACAGUAAGACUGGGGAAGCAGAGUGUCAGUUCUACAGACGGGGCCUGACGUACCUCGAAGAGGGCCAGAGACUCCCUGAGAUCCAGCAGUCUCGCUUCCUGUACUGCCACGGAGAACUGAAGAACAACAAGGGCCAGCGCCUGCAUGUAUUCCUGUUUGAGCUGGCCUUCGUGUUGACCAGACCAGGGGAGGACAAAGAUGGAGCUCAGGUGUUCCAGGUCUAUAGACAGCCUCUGCCCAAUGCCCUCCUCAAUCUGGAGGAGAUCCCAGAUGGAGAAGCCACAGGAGGCAGCACAUUUAGGGGAGCAUUCACUGGAGGAAAUGAUAAAGUGAAGAACUGUUUCCGUGUGAGCAGCAGAGGGCGCUCCAAAGCCCACUCCCACAGUCUGCAGGCCAAUGACUCCUUUAGCAAGCAGCAAUGGAUCACCUGUCUGCGCCAAGCCAUUGUGCAGUCACGAGAUAGGGAUGCUCAGAGCAGCCAACCACAGCUGUCCUCCCACCCGGAUCCCGCCCUUUAUCACAUAGCAGAGCUCAGCCUCAGCUCAGACACAGAGAUGGCAGACUUCACGAGUCGCUGACCGUCACAGUGAAGUCAUCAGAAGGGCUGCAAAGUAUCUACAUGGACAGAAAAUAGAAUGGAUUGUUUAGAUGCGUU